AUGGAGUGUGAAGGACAGGUGACACCGGAAGUAAGGUUGGAGUUGAAACCAAAAUUGAGACUUGAAUUUGAUUACUGUGAUGAUGUGUUCAAUUUCUAUAAUAUGUAUGAUGUGGAAGCCGGAUUCGGCAUUCGAUGUUCUACAACGAGGACGUGCACAAUGACAGGAGAGGUAACAAGAAAGGAAUAUGUAUGUUGUAAACAGGGGUAUGCAUUGACAAAGACUGUUAGUCAUAAGAGAAGACGACGAGGUUGUACUCAAACUGGUUGCAAGGCUAAACUUGCGAUAUUGAAGAUGAAAGACAAGAAUAAGUACAUUGUUGUAGGAUUAAAUGAGGUACACAACCAUGACAUGAACACAGUUGAUAAUGUCCAUCUAUUGAGAUCUCACCGUAACUUAACAGAGUCUACAAAGGCCUAUAGUGCAGAUAUGAGCAAAGUUAAUAUUCCGGUACAUAAACAGUUAAGCCUUCUUGAGGUGCAAGUAGGGAGAUUGGAAAAUGUUGGGUUUGUUAAGAGAGAUGUCUAUAAUUAUCUAAGGGACAUACGUGGAGAGGUGAUUGGCCAUGUUGCAUAG